CUCCGUGCUUCUUAUCUCCUUCCUCUGAGCUGGUGGAAUUUCCCCAUUUCGCUGGUACUACGGGCCCUUCAAUGGCCAUGCGCUGAGCUGCAUCACGAACCAAUCUGUCCAGCAUGGUGCUGAACUCAAUCGCUUGAACUUCCUUCAAAACCUCCAAUAAUAUCCAACACCAUGAUCGAGUCGCUCAUUAGCGUCGCGUUCUGUCUCUCUACGGCGCUUACUAUCGGCAUUCUCUUGCUGCCUUCGCGGCAUGAGUCCAGGUCUGUCACUAGCCAAAAUGCGGCAAAUGAACCCAAGACGACUGUUCAGAUUCUCGUGUUAGGGGAUAUUGGCCGUAGUCCGCGCAUGCAGUACCAUGCCCUUAGCGUUGCCAGAAAUGGUGGUCAGGUGGACAUGAUCGGCUAUCAUGAAUCCGACGUGCAUCCCGAGAUUUCCUCCCAUCCGAGAAUAUCCAUUGUCGCCCUGCCUCCGCAUCCAUCCUGCCUUCAGACAAGCAACAAGCUCCUCUUCCUAUUGUUCGGUCCGCUGAAAGUUCUUUUUCAAAUCGUCUGUUUGUUCUGGAUCUUGGCAUAUCGUGCAAAACCAGCCAAAUGGCUUCUCGUCCAGAAUCCGCCUUCGAUUCCCACGCUAGCGAUCGCAUCCCUCGUUUGCUUCUUGCGUCACACAAAGCUCCUCAUUGAUUGGCAUAACUUUGGAUACACCAUCCUGGCACUCAAACUCGGAGACUCCCAUCCACUGGUCAGAUUUUCCAAAUCAUACGAGAAGAUCUUCUGCCAGUACGCGACGGCACACUUGUGUGUAACCAAUGCAAUGGCAUCUGUUCUGAAAGAGGAGUUUGCCCUGAAGGCGCCCAUUCUCCCGCUGCAUGACCGGCCAGCCGAUCAUUUUCAGCCCAUCCUAGACGAUCGCGUACGCCAGGACUUCCUGCGCUCGUUGUCGGAGACGGAAACUGUCCGGCCAAUCAUUGGGUCUGACAAGCUUCGAGUUCUGGUUAGUUCGACCUCUUGGACAGCGGAUGAGGACUUCUCGCUUCUUAUAGAAGCUCUGUGUCGGUAUUCGGACUUGGCUGAGGCAUCAAACCCCGACCUACCUUCGAUUCUGGCCAUCAUAACGGGAAAGGGGCCCCAGCGCGAGAUGUAUCUGAAACAAAUUGCCGAUCUGGAGAAGAACGGUAAACUUCAAAAGGCCACCAUUCGUACCGCGUGGCUAAGCAUGGAAGACUAUGCACGAUUGCUGGCAUCCGCCUCGCUGGGUGUCAGUCUGCACACCAGCAGUAGCGGGGUAGAUUUGCCCAUGAAAGUCGUCGACAUGUUCGGCGCUGGACUGCCCGUCGUUGGCUGGAAUCGCUUCGAGGCGUGGCCGGAGCUGGUCACUGAAGGUCGUAAUGGACGAGGUUUUGGAAGCUCCGAUGAACUUGUGGAACACCUUGUCGAACUCUUCGGAAACCCGGAAGCACUCGAAGAACUUCGUACUGGGGCACGAGAGGAAAGUUCUCGUCGGUGGGAUGACGAGUGGAACCCCGUAGCCGGAAAGCUGCUAGGCCUAGUAUGAUUGAACAGCAAGUGACGGCCAUAUUUACUGUACAAUAAAAGUAGAAUAUAC